AUGAAUACAUCUGAUAUUCAGUCAGCACAUAUUGCUACAGUACAAGCUAGUUUUCAAGGUUUUGAUGAGAAAGUGUUACUCGAAUUGGUUAGACUGAUACAGACAGCAAGAGCAAAUGAACUAUGCACGAUUAAGAGCCCAAAGAAAGACUUUGUUAUUCCGGCAAAGAAAACAUUUAAAGUUAACUGUCGAGCGAAUACUGGACCGGUAGAAGAAACUACACUUGUAUUGUUUGAACCGGACGAAUUAACGCCCUGGCCAGACGGUUUAUCGGUGCACGAAACGGUAACAACAGUGAAACAAGGCUCAACGUCUCAAGUAAAGAUAGAUGUGACUAAUACAACUAAUCAUGACAUUGUCGUGUGUAAACACACAGUAUUAGGAAGUCUUCAGUUAAUUAAAUCGAUUACACCUGUAGAAGUGAAGUUGGCAGAAAAGUCAAGCAAAGAGAAAGAACGAACAGUAACAGCCACACAAUCCCAAGUGAAUGCAAUGGCGAAAGAAACACGAGAAAGAGACAAUACAAAUGAUGACCAGUUUUUACCUGAAGUUGACCUUAGUGGAUUAACAGAACGUCAACGUCAAGUGGUUACUAACAUGUUGAAGGAAGAAUGUCACUCUUUUGCAAGAAAUGAUGAGGAUAUCGGUUAUAUCAAAGAUCUAGAACUAGAAAUAAAUUUGACAACAAACGAGCCAGUGCAAAAGAACUAUGUAUCGGAACUAUGAAUCUAUGUAUCUAUGUAUAAACAUGUAUGUAUGUAUAUAAUCUAUGUAUGUAUGUAUCUAUGUAUGUAUGUAUCUAUCUAUCUAUGAACUAUGAAUCUAUGUAUCUAUGUACUUGAACUAUGUAUCUAUGUACCAAGACCUCUCUAGCCGGAAGUAAAACAGUACAUUGAAGAUUUGUUAAAUAACGAAUUUAUAAGAGAGUCAAAAUCAGCUUAUUCAUCCCCAGUAGUAUGUAUUCGCAAAAAGGAUGGAACUCUGCGACUUUGUGUCGAUUAUAGAGAACUUAACCGUAAGACAGUGCGGUCAGUGCCAGAUAGGCAUCCUAUUCCGCGCGUCCAAGAAGCUCUCGAUAGUUUAGGUGGUAACGCUUGGUUUAGUGUAUUGGAUCAGGGUAAGGCGUAUCAUCAAGGAUUUGUGAAACCAUCCUGCCGACCAUUAACAGCAUUUGUGACACCCUGGGGGUUAUAUGAAUGGGUAAGAAUUCCAUUCUAUCUUAUGAACGCUCCAGCAAGUUUUCAGAGGUUCAUGGAACAGUGUUUAGGAGUAUUACGUGAUGAAAUUUCCAUUCCUUAUUUGGAUAAUGUGAGCGUAUUUAGUAGAACAUUCGACGAACAUGUCGAACACUUACGAACAGUUUUACGUCGCCUAAGAGAACACGGUGUCAAAUUAAAGCAAAGAAAAUGUAAAUUGUUCAAACGUGAAGUCACAUUCUUCGGUCGAGUAGUGUCGAAAGAUGGCUACAGAAUGGAUCCCGAGAACAUUAACGCAGUUGCGAGUCUAAAGAACAAUACUCCUCAUACAAUAGGAGAUCUGCGGAAAAUGCUUGGAUUACUCAGUUACUAUCGUCGUUAUGUACCCAAUUUCGCGCGAAAGGCUAAACCAUUAUACGACCUUGUUACACAAGCAGCAACAACAGACCCGUGUCAUGAUCAAGAGAAAGGUAACAAAAACACCAGAAAGAAAGGUCAAGUGCCAUCAUCAUUCAAAAUCGCGUGGACUGAGAUACAUCAGACUGUGUUAGAGAAACUCAUUGACCAUCUGAUAACACCUCCGGUUAUGGCAUAUCCAGAUUAUCAAAAACCCUACAUCGUGCACACUGAUGCCUCGAAAGACGGUCUAGGUGCUGUCUUAUACCAGGAACAGGAAGAGACAAUGCGAGUCAUUGCGUACGCCUCUCGGAGUCUGACGAAUGCAGAAAAGAACUAUCACCUCCAUGCAGGAAAAUUAGAAUUUCUGGCACUCAAAUGGGCAAUCACCGACCACUUCCGUGAUUAUUUAUAUUACGCGCCUGAAUUUACGGUUUAUACCGAUAACAAUCCAUUAACAUACGUUUUAACAUCUGCACGACUUAAUGCCACAGGCUUAAGAUGGAUUGGAGAACUGGCCGACUUUAAGUUCAACAUCCGUUAUCGUCCAGGAAAACUCAAUGGAGACGCCGAUGCAUUGUCCAGAAUGCCUAUGAAAAUUGACGAUUAUAUGAAAACAUGCAGCGAAGAGGUUAAUCGCGACGCUAGCUUUCCAAGCGACAGUUUGUGGAGCAAAAGUACAGGUCGAACAGUUUCAAACACCUUUGCUCUUUCCUCCUGA